AUGUGCAUAGAAAUCCAUCCCUCAUUAUGCCACACGUCCCUCAGCCUUCACAUCGCGGUGCUCUCACCUCCCUCCCCCCUCCCUCUCUCCCCUUCCCUCUCUCCCCCCCCCCCCCCCCUCCCUCUCUCCCCUUCCCUCUCUCCCUCCCCCUCCCUCUCUCCCCUUUCCUCUCUCCCUCCCCCCUCCCUCUCUCCCCUUCCCUCUCUCCCUCCCCCCUCCUUCUCUCCCCUUCCCUCUCUCCCUCCCCCCUCCCUCUCUCCCCUUCCCUCUCUCCUCCUCCCGCCCGAAGCUGUUCUCAGCUGCCCCCCUUUCCUUCCCAUCUUGCCUGCCAACCUGUCAUCCCAUCCGCUCUACGCUCAGAUCCCCAUGCCCUUUCAACUCCCGCUCUCCUUUCACAUCUCCCCUCCCUUCCCUUCCAUCACCCCUGCCCUCUUUUCUUCUCCCCACCCUUCCCCCCUAUCACAUUUCUCUUCUUUCACAUCUCCAGGGCCCUUUUUCUUAUACCUGGAGCCUUCCUCCCGUCACCCCUCCCUUUGUUUCAGCUACAAGCAGGACUAA